AUGUUCACCCAGCGGUGGCAGGUUCGGAUCAAAGUCGGUCAGCGUGUCCAUGACUGCGCAUCAUGUUCUAACCAUGAGACCGAGUACACGCGGAUUCUGAAAGAGGAAGCGCAGAUGAACUGGAGAUAUAACGUAUCUGCCAGCGCUGCCAACUGGAUCCUUUUAGCCGGGUAUCUGGUCGUUCCUGCGACUUUCACCUCUUUGAACGAUUCAACUGCGGUAGAGAAGACGCUGCAAGCAAAUGACGCUGGGCGGGCGGUCUUGAGGACCAUCAGGAAUCCUCCCUUACUAGCCAUCGCUUGCCUGUUCUUCGUCGUCGGGGCUACGCUCUUGGGAUAUCUCUUCGUCUGCUUUCGGAAGAGCUACUCGUGGGUGGUCAACAAGAUCUUCUUACCCGGCUGUAUGAAUGCCGUGGCUGGUUUGCUCACCACGCUUGUCAGCGUCCUGGCUAAUCACUCCGGUGAAUGUUCCAUCAUGGCAAUCAUGACCUUCGUCGUCACCGGCACCACGUCCGGGAUCUUCCUCAUCCUUUCGAUCUGGUAUAAGUUUUUUCUGAUCCAACCAGUCGUGGCGGAAGACUUGGCCGAAUCUCAUGGCGAGACCUUUCAAAGCUCACACUGCUCGUGCGCAAACGACGUCGACCUUCCAAGCCCACCUCCUGCGUACACAGUUAGGCAUUGA